AUGGAAGACGGAGUGGGCCUUCUCGUAGAAAGCAACAGGGGCAAGCUUCGGAACCCACAACUUCUAUGUGAACUGCUGUUCAUCGGCCAGGAAGAUUUGUAUCUCGUGUUGAAUGAGCUCCGAUCUUUGACCUCAGUGCAGCGCGAAGCUGAGUUUUCAGAGAUAUCUGUUCUCCAUGCGUCUCUGUGCGAUUUUCUUUCCGACCCUUUUCGAUCCGGCAACUUGCACAUCAAGCCAAGCGAGGUCCAUACCGAACUUGCGCUCGCAUGCAUACAUAUUUUCACUAAUGUCGGGAAUGGGGUCGGCCAGUGCCAUUCGCUUGCCACGUCCAAUUACGCGAGAAGGAAUAUUUUUUUGCACUGUCGUUUUGGUGAUCCUACUGAUAACCUUUUGUUUCGCUUACGACAAUUCGACCUCGCUACGUGGCUCAAUCAAGUUUCGGGUGAUGAGAUACCUGGAAUCUACACCACCCUCUUGGACUAUCUCUCCUGGUUGACAUCGUUGAGAUCUGAAGGACUCCUAGAUACCUUAUAUACUCAGCAUCUACGAGCAGUAGAUCAAUUCCUGAACACGAUCGCGGACAAGGUACCACCUGGAGGAGAACUAUUUGAGUUACUUGCAUGCUGGGUUGUGGGUCUUGAUACGAACCAACUUUCCAUCCUGCCAUUCCCUUCUCUCUGGAAAUCUCUAGUCGACUUCGAGACAGGUUAUGAUGACUCCAAAUUUGGUGCUGUCGACCUCGCUUUCCGGCAUGUAAAGGAGUUUGGCGACAUUGCGCGCGAUUGGUUUGGCUGCUCGGAACGUGCUGGUAAACGUUGGGGCAGUACCAAGGUAUAUGCCCGAGCUUCGCUCCGAGUGAUUCGCUCUUUGUAUCAUGCUCGGCGAAAUACGGGGACUUUCAGCCUGGAUGACUCCAUGGAAGUUUGGUUUCUGUUCAAGAUCCUUCCCGGCCUGUUAAAAAGGGCGUCUUAUUCGCAAGAAAUUGUCGCCUACCUUCAAGAACAUCGAUCCUUUUCGUGGUGGAUUGAACAGCGGUUUUCGAAUACUCCGCAUUACGUUGCCACGAUUCGAGCACUAGAUUCUUACUGUCGGCAGCAGGAAGUUGCAAUUAUUGAGGAUGAGGGUGGGACAGUUCCUUCAAGCCUUAUCGAUCAUUGGCAAGAAAUCCAUGCAGCUGAAUCAGACGACAGCAUAUCGUAG